GUAAUAAAGGUAGUAGACCGCGCGAUUUUACGUAGCUAUUUUGAAAUUUAUGGUCCGACGUCACAUGUCAUUCUGAAAAAAAGUAGAAAGCCGAUUAGUGCUGGCUGGAAUUUAAAGAGUAGGUUAGGAUUGCUCAUUUGUCAUCAUCAGCUGAUCGGACACUAAACACAACUAAACAGUAAGCAGACCAAAGCAGACGGCACCUGCUUGUAUCGACAUGUUCGUUCAGACUCCGAUCGUAUCCAGUCGAGUCGUUCUGUGAGAUAUAUAUAUAUAUAUCUUGUGAUAACCGCUUAAACCGUAACAAUCGUGCCGAUCAUGGACCCAUCAAAGGAUGAAGUGCAGAUGGAAGGAGCUCUGAUUGAAAAUCUAUCCGCGGAGCAGAAUUCGAGAUGCGAGUCACCGAAACGCGGCACCACACUCUCCACCAGCACCAGCAGUUUCGAGGCAUUGGACCCGCACGAUCCAAACCUGAGUCGUUUGGCGAACACAAUGUUCCAGAAGACGGGCGAAUACCUGCAGGAGGAGCUCACCGCUACCCACGCAGACUAUCGGCUGCUGGAGCGUCUAAACAAGGAGACGAUCGCAAAGUAUACGGAACUGAAGAUCAUCUCGUCGAACGUAGUGCAGUCAUUGGACUCGCUAAAUGACAAGUAUAAGAAGCUACAACCGAUUCUGGAUAAUAUCAAUCAGAUUGAUGACAGCGUCAGUAAAUUGGAGCAAGCUGCAUAUAAGCUAGCAGCGUACUCCAAGCGACUCGAAGCCAAGUUUAAGGAUCUCGAAAAGGAUACGAAAAACAAAUGAAAUUGUAAUUAUGAAUAUGUAAAUCAUUGUAUGUACCUUUAUGUAAUUAUCC